GGUUCCACCUCAGUGGGACGGUAACGGAGCCGGCGACUGCGACAGAACCAGAAAUGACCUACAAGGUGGCCAUCAGCUUUGACCGCUGCAAAAUCACCUCAGUGACUUGCGGCUGCGGGAACAAGGACAUUUUUUAUUGCGCCCACGUCGUGGCGCUUUCGCUGUACAGGAUCCGCAAGCCGGACCAGGUCAAACUCCGUCUUCCCAUCUCAGAGACCCUUUUCCAGAUGAACAGGGACCAGCUCCAGAAGUUUGUUCAGUAUUUGAUCACGGCGCACCACACCGAGGUGCUGCCCACCGCCCAGAAGUUGGCUGAUGAGAUCCUGUCAUCCAACUCGGAGAUCAACCAAGUGCACGGCGCUCCUGACCCCACUGCUGGGGCCAGCAUCGACGAUGAGAACUGCUGGCACUUGGACGAGGAGCAGGUCCGAGAGCAGGUGAAGCUGUUCCUAUCUCAGGGAGGGUACUAUGGCUCGGGGAAGCAGCUCAACUCCAUGUUUGCCAAGGUUCGGGAGAUGCUGCGCAUGAGGGACUCCAACGGGGCCAGGAUGCUGACGUUGAUAACGGAGCAGUUCAUGGCCGAUCCUCGGCUCUCCCUCUGGAGGCAGCAGGGGACAGGCAUAACGGAGAAGUGCCGGCAGCUCUGGGAUGAGCUGGGGGCGCUGUGGGUGUGCGUGGUGUUAAACCCGCACUGCAAGCUGGAAGAGAAAUCCUGCUGGCUCCGGCAGCUGCGCAAGUGGGGCGAGAUGGACGUCUGUCCUCUGGAAGAUGGCAAUUACGGUAACGAGCUUCCCAACAUCACCAAUGCGCUUACGCAGAGCUCCGGUCACAGCCAAGACUCGCUGGCCAGGCCCAGACGAACCGUGUUCACCCGGGCGAUCGAGGGCUGUGAUCUCCACUGGCAGGACAGCCACCUGCAGCGCAUUAUUAGCAGUGACUUCUACGUGUCUCCCUCCUACCAGCGGGAGGGCGAGAGCCUCCUCUUCAACUCCCAGGGGCAGCCGCUCUGGCUAGAACAUGUCCCAACUGCCUGCGCUCGGGUGGAUGCCCUGCGCUCCCAUGGCUAUCCCAGAGAAGCUCUCCGACUAACUGUUGCCAUAAUCAACACCCUGCGACUGCAGCAGCAAAGGCAGCUGGAAAUAUAUAAGCAUCAGAAGAAAGAGCUGCUGCAGCGAGGAGCAACAACCAUCACCAACUUGGAGGGCUGGGUAGGCCACCCUCUGAACCCCAUCGGCUGCCUCUUUCUCACCCUGACUGAAGCUUGUAGAUUAGAAGAGGAAAAUUGCCUUGAAAUUUCAGAUGCCGGGGACUCCAAACCCCCAGUGUAUCAACACGUGCCCAUCGCGACCGGCAGUCAAGACAGCAGCGAGUCCUACCUGUCCCUGGCCUUAGAGGUGGCCCUGAUGGGGAUGGGUCAGCAGAGAGUGAUGCCUGAAGGUCUCUAUGCCCAGGACAAGGUGUGCCGCAACGAGGAGCAGAUCAUCGCCCGGCUGCAGGACCUGGAGCUGGACCCGGUGCUAGUGCAGACCCUGCGGAAGCAGUGCAUCUUGCUGCUGGAAGGUGGUCCCUUCAGUGGCUUGGGAGAAGUCAUCCACCGUGAGAGCGUCCCCAUGCACACCUUUGCCAAAUACCUGUUCUCUGCCCUGCUGCCCCACGAUGCAGACCUGGCAUACAAGCUGGCUUUGCGGGCCAUGAGGUUGCCUGUCCUGGAGACCACGGCACCAUCCGGCGACGUGACUCACCCCCACCACCUGGUCUCGGUGGUCCCUAGCAGAUACCCGCGCUGGUUCACCCUGGGGCACCUGGAGUCACAGCAGUGCGAGCUGGCCUCCACCAUGCUCACGGCAGCCAAAGGUUAG